CUUUUUGUAAAUUUAUUUUUUUAACUUUCAUCAACUUUAUCUUCCUUCCGUCGUCUGUCACAACUAAUUUGUUCUCAUUUCGUCUAUCUAUCUGUGUAUCUAUCUAUUAAUCGAUUAAUCGAUUGAUCUAUUGAUCUAUCUCUUUCUCUCUUUAUCAAUCCAUCCGUAGAGUUUGUCGCCGUCUUCUUACCAACCCAUCUACCUUCCAUAAAUCACUCUCCCCACUCUCUCUCUCUCACCUUCUCUCUUUCUCUCUCUCUCUCUCUUUACUUAUAUUUUUAUAUCUUUCUAUAUUUCCACCGUGUUUGUGUAUCUGUGUGUUUGUCUACAUAUUUCUAUAUAGAUACACAUAUACAAAUAUAUGCACAUAUAUUCAUACAAACACACACACAUACACACACAAAAAUAACAUCUUCGCGCGCGUCUAUAUACAUUUACACAUUCAUAAAUAUUCACAUAUAUAUCAACCGACUCAUUCAUUUCUAAGUUAAUUCGUUCAUUCGUUCAUUCUGCAAUACCUAUCUUUCUUCUCUCCUUCAUUCAUUCACUAGUCAUCGUUGUUUAUCUUGAAAUUUUCUCGUCUUAUUACAACCACCAACACCAACACCACCAGUACCACUUACAUCAACAACAAAAACACCUUCACAACUGCUAUUAUAUUAUAUAUAUAUAUAUAUAUAUAUAUAUCGAUCUAUAUAUACAUGUAUAAAUCACUAUAUUUCUUCAAUCCAGUUUAAUUUAUCUCUUCCCCCCACCGUACACUCGCCCCAUUUAACUAACACACACACGAACACAAACAUAAACACACACAUUGACACACGCAUUAUUUCUUUACAGCACUAUUUCUCUUCAUCUGUUUCUCUCUUUUUCUCCCUACCUAUCUCAAAACACAUUUCCUCACUCUCUCCUUUUUCGCUCUGCACAAUUUUCUCUAUCUACCUCUCUUUUUCUCUUCCCCAUCUUCUAUACACAAACGGAUCGCCUUUCCUUCUUUCACAUGUAUGAUGACUCCAAGACACGACACAAUUUUGGCGGUGACUUAUCUCCUUCUAGGAUUAACAUUCAUACAAUAUGCGCGAUGUAUUCCGGAAUUGGUGCGUAUAGGUGGGCUGUUUGGUGAGAACGAUGAAGACCCCAGCGUAGAGAAUACAUUCAAAUAUGCUCUUUACAGAUUAAAUCAUGACCGCACGAUUUUGGAAAAGACAAAGGUCAUAUAUGACAUCCAGCGUGUACCUCCACACGACGGCUUUUUAGCAUCUAAGAAAGUAUGUUUCCAAGUUGGUUUGAAUUCCAUUGCGUUGUUUGGUCCUCGAUCGUAUAUGGUGGCUUCCUAUGUGAACUCAAUGUGCAAUGCCUUGAAGAUCCCUCACAUCGAGGUUCGCAUGGACCACUUUCUCUCGGAUGUCCCCACAUUCUCAAUCAACCUCCACCCAGACAUGCACCAACUCAGCAGGGCUUAUCUAGAUGUCAUCCAGUACUUCCAAUGGAAACAAGUACUCGUCAUUUUUGGUGACAAAGAAGGCCUGCUCCGGUUACAGCGUGUCAUUAAGGCUCCGCUUGGUCACGACGCCCACAUCUCAAUCCGUCAAGUUGAUGAUAGAAACAUGAGACAAGUUUUGCGAGAAGCAAAGGACAGUAAAUGGAAGAAUUUCAUAAUAGAUCUAUCAGUGGAAAAGUCAGCAAUGUUUCUCAGAAUGGCUUUACAAGAAGGAAUGGUAGAUCCAUACCAUCAUUAUAUUUUAACAACUUUGGACGUUGAAACUAUUGAUAUGGAGGACUUCAAACACAACUUUGUGAAUUUGACCGGAUUUCGAAUUGUGGACCCGGAUAACAGCUACACGAACAAAAUAAUGCGGGACAUGGAGAUAUACGAAAUCCAAACCGAUUUACAGCUUCUCAACAAAAGUGGAUCCAUGUCAUACGAAGCUGCCCUUAUGUUUGACGCCGUCUACCUCUUCGCCAAAGGUCUUGAAGAUAUGGCAAAGCAAUCAACAAUUCCUUUAACAAACCUGACUUGUGACUCAAAUACUAAAUGGAUAACUGGCGCUAUGUUGUAUACCUACCUUAACACGGUUCAGAUGCGUGGUCUGUCAGGAAAUAUAAAGUUAACGAACGGUCGACGAAUGGACUUUUCCUUGGAUAUACUGCAGCUAAAGGAAACUGGACUACGUAAAGUCGGUGUAUGGAAUUUGAAUACAGGAACAAACUUUUCAAUUCCACAGACAGAACCUGCCCCUCCAUUCGGAAACAAAACAAUGGUGGUGACCACUAUACUGGUAAGACUGUCUUUAUUUUUCCAGUAAUUAUCUUAUUGAUAUAUAGUUCCUUCAUCUCCUACCCUUCCUCCAACACCUGGCCAUAUGUUAUCAUUCCACUAUUUUCCAGUUUCUUUAUAAUGUCUCAGCUUAACUUUUUCG